AUGUCCAGACCGACGCUCAUAACUCCAUACGCGCCACAGCUCCUGUCCUUUUCCGACGAAUUCCUGGAGCAGAAUCACUUGGGAGAAUGUAAAGACUGUGAUAAACUAUUCUUUGACGAUUAUGAAGCUCAUGGACGGGUGGAACGGCCGAAGAAGUGCGCGAAAUGCCAAGGAGUUUUGGGAGAGUCGACUACGUCGGAAGUUUUGGUCGAUAGCGAGGUAAGUAUUAAUUUUUAUGAUGUAGUUUUGGGGUUGAAAGAUGCACAAGAUUAUGGUCUUGCUGAUGGUUAUGUUAAUUUUGGCAAAUUUUUGAAUUUGGUGUUAAAUGGCUGUUUUUUACAAAAUUUAGGUAUCAAAAGCUGGUUGGUUAGUAUAUUUUGGUAUUUUUGACUAGUCUUUGAUACGUUAGUAAAAAAUAUAAACAAUUAUACGUUCAGCAUUAA